UUUCUUUAAUGUUGCUCACAAGACGCAGAUGGAACCCCGGCUUAGAUGGUUAAAUUCGAAAUAGUUAACAGAGAAGGACGGAGACGCAUCUCAAAUAUAAAGCAAGGGCACAUUAUCCUGCUGAAAGAGGCCAACUCCAUCAGGGAAAACUGUUGCCAUAAAAGGGUGCGCAUGGUCUGCAACAGCGCUCAGGUAGGUGGGCAUCCUGGUGCCAUGUGUUCUUCAGAAACUUGGAGGAGUUACAGCAUGCAUGGACUGUUGAUUCAGGCACUUGCUCUGAGACAAUUGGGGAGCUUAAGUACACGCAAGCUGCUAAGGCCUGGGUACAGGCUGUACUGGACAGAAUGGUGCCCAAGGACAUUACACAGUCGACAGUUAUGUGGUUCCACCUCCUCCCUGAGCCUUGGAACAUACAAUCUUCCAUCAAGAUCGAAUUCAGCUAAGAGAUGGUCAAUUCUUCAUCAAGUGAGGUUUAAAAGCAACAAGAAGAAAAGUGGUGGCAAGACUGUACAAGAGGAUGAGGAUGAUGAAGUGGAAAAGGAUCCAGAGGACAGUGACUAUGAUGAUGAACCUGAGGAUGACCCCAGUGUACCCAAAGACUACAAAGACCUAGAAAAAUAUGUGCAGUCAUUUCGAUAUGAUGUUAUUAUGAAAGCUGGCCUUGACAUAGCACGCAAUAAAGUGGAGGACGCAUUCUAUGGCAACAAGCUCUGGCUUAAUGGACAGAAACUCAUCAAGAAAAGUAAAUUGGUUAAAGUCGGGGACACCUUGGACAUGGUAUUGUCAGAGAACAAAGACAUAGACACUGUCACAGUUUUGAGAGUAAUCAUUAAGAAGGAACUGGGUGAAUCCAAGGAUGGAGACAGGUACCAAGUUGUUUUGAGGCGCUGGAAAAACCUAGAACUUCCCAAACAGGAUGCCUUCAAACAAUGAGUUUUCAGUGUAUAAUACUGAUCACCGCUCUCCAUUAAUAAGGAAAUUGGAAUAAUCCUUGCAUAAUCGUUACAUGAAAGUGAGUUGUGCAUUCUUUUUACAUUAGACCUCUUGGUGUCAUUAUUGACUUGCCUGAUAUUUCAAAUGGUUUUGAUAAACUUUUCUAUUAAUAGAUGCUAAUAACAGACAAAUAAGUAUCCAAAGUACUGAUAUGGCUUGCAAAGCAGAUGCAAAUGGAAUGUGGGAAAGGUAUUAUUGAGUGCUAAUAAAGUGUGAAAUGCUGAA